CAACUUCCGUGAGUAUGAAGUCUCGAGGGAAGCGAGACUACAACGAGCACCUGUUAACAUGUUGGGGCGGUUUACAAAAGCGUCUGCUAGAAAAGCGUCUAGGUAUUUUUCAAGCAGUUACCGUGCAAAUGGAAAAUUUAACGAACCGUUAUCCGGGCAUGAUAUGCCAAGAGCUGGAGGUAUUGCAUCGAUGAUGCGGCUGCCUAUACAAGAGGACGCGAGCGGUCUGUAUGCCUGCUUUGUGGGUGUUCCCCUAGACAUUGGCACAUCAAACAGGGCGGGAACUAGACAUGGUCCUCGUCAAAUCCGGGCAGAAUCAUCGCUGUUACGCAAGCUCAACAUUGCUACAGGUGCCUCCCCGUUUGAUUCAUUCCAAGUCGCUGAUGUGGGUGAUGUAAACUUGAACCUGUACAACCUACCUAAGGCAUGUGACGAUAUCCGUAACCAUUUCUCCCGCAUUGUACAGACCGGGUGUAUACCCCUGGCCCUCGGGGGAGACCACACCAUGACCUACCCAAUCCUACAGGCCAUCAGGGACAAGCAUGGCCCAGUAGGUUUGGUCCACGUAGAUGCCCAUGCAGACACCAACGACACAAUGCUGGGCGAGAAAAUUGCUCAUGGGACACCUUUCCGUCGUGCUAUGGAGGAGGGAUGUUUGGACGGACAUCGUGUGAUACAGAUCGGGCUUCGUGGCUCUAAUUACAACAUCACAGAUUAUGACUGGGGACAAGAACAGGGCUUCAGAGUAGUCCUGGGCCAUGAGUGUUGGCAUAAGUCCUUGACCCCACUUAUGUCAGAGGUCAGAGAGAUGAUGGGUGACCACCCUGUCUACAUUACCUUUGAUAUUGACGCCCUUGACCCUGCCUAUGCUCCAGGAACAGGUACACCAGAAAUAGCGGGCCUGACACCUGCCCAGGGGUUGGAGAUUGUACGAGGAUGUCGGGGCAUGAACAUAGUUGGAGGUGACCUUGUUGAGGUGUCGCCACCGUAUGAUCCCUUUGGUACCACAGCUUUAACUGGAGCUAACCUCCUCUUCGAGAUGUUAUGUGUCCUUCCAGCAUGCAAAUAUCUACGUUAAUUUAUUAUAAGAUAUACGCAGACAUCGCAAUAAGUAUCCUCAAAAUCCAUAGGUUCCACUUCCAGUACACUAAGGUUAUCUUUUCUGCAACCCUGAAAUACGAAUUGAAGGCUCAUUAAUUCAUUCACCCAUGAAAUUUCAUAAUGAACUAUUCCAACCUUUGAUUGGAAGAGUUCAAAAUGUGUCUUCAGGGGUUAAAGAGUUGAGCAACAGUUUGCAGAUGAUACAAGUAGACUAUACUAAUGUCUUCGAUGAAGAUCAAAGAAAUAUUGUGGCAGCAUAAAGAGUAGAUUGGCAGGCUUUGAAUUCGGGUGUAGCGCCCAUAAACCUCAAAGGACAGGUAUCAGCCUAGCGAUUGGGUCAGGUUUUUUAUACCUGAAAAAAACAUAAAAAUUUAUACUGAUAGCCUCGAUUUUGUCGUACAUACAUAACAUUUUGCAGUGUAGAGAAGGAGGUAUGUGAGUUGAGUGCAGAUCCCUUGCAUUUCGAGGAUACCUAAUAUUAGCAGAGAUAAGACCACGUCAGCUUUGUUACACUAGGAGCUUCAGUCUUGUGAUUUAUAGGGUUAUCAUCAACAGAGAAAGCACAUUAAUUUGUAUACACUUUUAUUUUUGGAAAAGGUGUUAUCAUGAAUAACAUAUAGCAUUUAACUGAUUGAGAAAUGGUUUUCAUAGAAAAUAAGCAUUAAUUCUGUAUCCUAUGAUCUGGCAACGGUAAACUGAGGCAGUCAGUAAAGCAUCUUAAUCCACAAAGUUUGAUUUCUGGGAAAAGUUUUAAGAUUAAUGAAAUAAGAAUUGAAAUGCUAAAUAUAUGUCAGGAAGUUACAAUUAUUUAAUAUGAUGUAAAACCUGAGCAUAAAUAUUUUUUAAAUGUUUUACAUCUAUCUAUAAGGUUAACACCAUGUUUCUGUUUUAAUAAUAAAAAAAAAAUCUGUACAAUUUUUUGACCUCAUUACUUAUUUGGCAGAUAUCAAUAAAUGUUUAGGGAAGUGUGUCAGCUAUUCAGAAUCAAUUAAAUGUAGAUGAACUAGUCAAAUAUGCACCAAAUACAAUUAUCUCAGUACUUUGAUUAUUAUCAUUAUGCAAGCCCUCUUACAUUUCGAUUGAAAUUCAUCAAUAUUAAGGGAAGUUGUUUCCUGAAGUGUAACCAGAAUUAAGGAUUACUUAAUAUAACCUGAAUUACAUCAAAUAUACAUUAUUUAGAUUCCAGCCACUUUCAAAAUGGUCUAGCAGCGCCAUUAUGCUAUAUUGGUUCUUAGUGUUACUAAUGAUGCAAUAUGGGUUCUAAGUUACAUCAAGUCAAAUUUUACAGGUAGUUUUUGACUGAAAAGCAAUCAUUGACGUACAGAUUGAUGGAGUACGAUAAGCUGAAAAUAUUUCAAGCCGCAGGGGAUUAAAUCCUGUCCACAGUUAAGACCUGUGGGCACGUUUUUUCCAUAUUUUCAGCAUUUACAUGAUAUUUAUAAAUCAUGCAUUGUUUUAAAUAAAUUCUUUAUUUACAUUGUUUUAAUAGAGUGUGCAUUUACACAUAUUUUAGUCUUUUUGUACCCUGUGAUCAAUAUUUGCAGUAUUUCAGUGGUUAGUGUCUCAUUUUUUUGUCUUUUUAAAAUUGUUGAUUUUGAAUAAUUUUAUUGAAUGAAUUUGAAUAUUUAUAAAUUCAUAUAUUGUUAAUGCUGGGUAUUGGUUGCUACAUUAAUUUUAUUGUAACAACAUAAUUUUAAUUUUCAUAUUGUGUAAUGAUCAGAAAUGGAUACCUCCGUGUGUUAAUUGUAGAAAAUAUAUAAUUUAAUCAUUGUUGAUUUUGAACUGUCUUGUAAUAAAAUGUUUAUACAU